AUGGCGGACGUCACAGCGCGUAGCCUGCAGUAUGAAUAUAAAGCGAACUCAAACUUGGUUUUGCAAGCUGACCGAUCUCUCAUUGACCGCACUCGGCGAGAUGAGCCCACAGGCGAAGUUUUGUCACUGGUUGGAAAACUGGAGGGAACCAAAAUGGGAGACAAGAGUCAAAGAACAAAGCCACAGAUGUUGGAAGAGAGGAGAGCGAAGAGACGAAAGAGGGACGAAGACAGACAUGAUAUCAACAAAAUGAAAGGGUUCACGCUGUUGUCUGAGGGUAUUGAUGAGAUGGUGGGGAUCGUAUACAAACCCAAGACCAAGGAAACCAGAGAAACGUAUGAAAUCCUGCUCAGUUUCAUUCAGGCUGCUCUUGGAGACCAGCCGAGAGACAUUUUAUGUGGUGCAGCUGAUGAAGUGUUGGCUGUCCUCAAGAACGAUAAGAUGAGGGAUAAGGAAAGAAGGCGGGAGGUUGAGCAGUUGCUUGGGCCAACAGACGACACACGUUACCAUGUCUUGGUCAACUUGGGCAGGAAGAUCACUGACUACGGAGGAGACAAGGAACUCCAAAAUAUGGAUGAUAACAUAGACGAAACAUAUGGAGUUAAUGUUCAGUUCGAGUCGGAUGAGGAGGAAGAUGAUGAGGACCAGUAUGGAGAGGUGCGGGAAGAAGGCUCGGAUGACAGUGAGGGUGAGGAAGCGGAUGUGGGGUGCACCUUGUCUGCUAAUUUGGGAAGUGCAGGAGAUGUGAUGACAGCCAAAAAGAAAGACCUUCAUCCAAGAGACAUUGAUGCUUUCUGGCUUCAGCGACAACUCAGCCGUUUCUAUGAUGAUGCCAUUGUGUCUCAGAAGAAAGCUGAUGAGGUUCUGGAGAUUCUGAAGACUGCUAGUGACGACCGAGAGUGCGAGAAUCAGUUGGUGCUUCUGCUUGGAUUUAAUACCUUUGAUUUCAUUAAGGUGCUGCGCCAGCACAGACGCAUGAUCCUCUAUUGUACCAUGUUGGCCAGUGCUCAGAGCGAAGCCGAAAAGGAGAGAAUAAUCGGCAAAAUGGAAGCUGAUCAGGACUUGUCCAAAGUUCUUUACCAACUGCAGGAAACCGAGAAGGAGGACAUUAUUCGAGAAGAGAGAUCUCGCAGGGAAAGAGUGAGGAAGUCGCGGAUGGACAAUGAUCUGGAGUCUAUGGACAUCGAUCAUGCAGAGUCAGUGACAGCGCGACAACUGCUGGAUCUGGAGGACCUUGCCUUCACCCAGGGUAGUCACUUCAUGGCCAACAAGCGCUGUCAGCUGCCUGAUGGUUCCUUCCGCAAACAGAGAAAAGGUUAUGAGGAGGUGCAUGUACCUGCACUCAAAUCCAAGCCCUUCGCUGAGGAUGAGACCCUGGUGGCUAUUGAGAAGAUGCCAAAGUAUGCCCAGGCUGCCUUUGAGGGAUUCAAAACCUUGAAUCGCAUCCAGAGCAAACUGUUCAAGACUACCAUGGAGACAGAUGGGAACCUGCUUGUGUGCGCUCCCACUGGAGCUGGUAAAACUAAUGUUGCCCUGAUGGCCAUGCUCAGAGAGAUUGGCAAGCAUAUCAACAUGGAUGGCACUAUCAAUGUAGAUGACUUUAAAAUCAUCUACAUUGCUCCUAUGCGUUCACUUGUGCAGGAAAUGGUGGGCAGUUUUGGAAAGCGUUUGGCCAGUUAUGGCAUCACGGUGUCUGAGCUGACUGGAGAUCACCAGCUUUGCAAGGAGGAGAUCAAUGCCACUCAGAUCAUUGUUUGCACACCUGAGAAAUGGGACAUCAUCACCCGGAAGGGUGGGGAGCGCACAUACACCCAGCUAGUGCGCCUUAUCAUUAUUGAUGAGAUCCACUUGCUUCAUGAUGACCGUGGACCUGUAUUGGAAUCUCUCAUCGCUCGGACCAUCCGAAAUGUUGAACUGACGCAGGAAGAUGUGCGUCUCGUUGGUCUCAGUGCCACGCUGCCCAACUAUGAGGACGUGGCCACAUGUCUGCGUGUGGACCCUGCCAAGGGCCUGUUCUACUUUGACAACAGUUUCCGUCCUGUGCCGCUGGAGCAGACAUAUGUAGGAAUUACAGAGAAGAAGGCCAUCAAACGUUUUCAGAUUAUGAAUGAGAUUGUCUAUGAGAAGAUCAUGGAACAUGCUGGAAAGAACCAGGUUUUGGUGUUUGUACACUCGCGUAAGGAGACGGGUAAGACUGCAAGGGCGAUCAGGGAUAUGUGUCUCGAGAAAGACACUUUGGGGCUGUUCCUUCGAGAGGGCUCUGCUUCCACUGAGGUCCUGAGGACUGAGGCAGAGCAGUGCAAGAAUCUUGAGCUGAAGGAUCUCUUGCCAUAUAGCUUUGCCAUCCACCAUGCUGGCAUGACCAGAGUAGACAGGACACUGGUGGAAGAUCUGUUUGCUGAUCGACAUAUUCAGGUACUGGUGUCUACUGCUACACUGGCUUGGGGAGUGAACUUGCCAGCACACACAGUCAUCAUCAAAGGCACCCAGGUGUACAGCCCAGAGAAAGGCAGGUGGACUGAGCUAGGAGCUCUGGAUGUUCUACAGAUGUUGGGGCGUGCGGGCCGUCCACAGUACGAUACUAAAGGAGAGGGCAUUCUGAUCACAUCCCAUGGAGAACUGCAGUAUUACCUGUCUCUGCUCAACCAGCAGCUGCCUAUAGAGAGCCAGAUGGUGGGCAAACUCCCGGACAUGCUUAAUGCAGAGAUUGUGCUAGGAAACGUCCAAAAUGCUAAGGAUGCAGUGAACUGGAUGGGCUACACUUACCUGUAUGUGCGGAUGCUGCGAAACUCCAUACUAUAUGGGAUUUCCCAUGAUGAACGCAACACAGACCCUUUCUUGGAAAGGCGCAGGAUGGAUCUGGUGCAUACAAGUGCCAGCAUACUAGAAAAGAACAACUUAGUCAAGUAUGACAAGAGGACUGGCAGCUUCCAGGUGACGGACCUGGGGCGCAUUGCCAGUCACUUCUACAUCACCCAUGAUUCCAUAAUGACCUACAACCAGCUGCUAAAGCCCACACUCAGUGAAAUCGAACUUUUCAGAGUGUUCUCCCUCUCAUCGGAGUUUAGAAACAUCGCCGUCAGAGAGGAGGAGAAACUAGAGCUUCAGAAGCUGCUGGAGAGGGUGCCGAUUCCAGUGAAGGAAAGUAUUGAGGAGCCCAGUGCUAAGAUAAAUGUGCUGCUGCAGGCCUACAUCUCUCAGCUCAAACUGGAGGGCUUCGCUCUGAUGGCUGACAUGGUCUAUGUGACCCAGAGUGCCGGUCGGUUGAUGAGGGCCAUCUUUGAGAUUGUUCUUAGCCGAGGCUGGGCCCAGCUCACAGACAAAACAAUGAACCUGUGCAAGAUGAUCGACAAAAGGAUGUGGCAGUCUAUGUCUCCACUGCGUCAAUUCCGCAAGCUUCCAGAAGAAGUCAUCAAAAAGAUUGAGAAGAAGAGCUUUCCCUUUGAACGGCUGUAUGAUCUCAAUCACAAUGAAAUCGGUGAGUUAAUUCGUAUGCCAAAAAUGGGAAAAACCAUCCAUAAAUAUGUCCACCAGUUUCCCAAACUGGACCUGGCAGUGCACCUUCAGCCCAUCACCCGCUCCACACUUAAGGUGGAGCUCACAAUCACACCAGACUUCCAAUGGGACGACAAGGUGCAUGGCUCAUCUGAAGCGUUUUGGAUCUUGGUCGAGGAUGUUGACAGUGAGGUGAUCCUACACCAUGAAUACUUCCUGCUUAAAGCCAAGUAUGCUCAGGAUGAGCACCUGGUCACCUUCUUUGUGCCUGUGUUUGAGCCAUUGCCUCCACAAUACUUCAUCAGAGUGGUCUCAGACCGCUGGCUGUCAUGUGAAACCCAGUUGCCAGUGUCUUUUCGUCACCUCAUCCUCCCUGAAAAGUAUCCUCCUCCUACUGAGCUGCUGGAUCUGCAACCUCUGCCCGUAUCUGCCUUGAGAAAUGCUGCAUUUGAGAGUCUGUAUCAGAACAAGUUCCCCUUCUUCAACCCCAUUCAGACACAAGUGUUCAAUGCAGUGUACAACAGUGAUGAUAAUGUAUUUGUGGGAGCCCCCACUGGCAGUGGUAAGACCAUCUGUGCAGAGUUUGCCAUUCUCAGGAUGCUACUGCAUAACACAGAGGGGCGCUGUGUCUACAUAACACCCAUGGAGGCUCUGGCUGAACAGGUGUUUGUGGAUUGGCACCAGAAGUUCCAGGAUGUUCUGAAUAAGAAAGUGGUCAUACUCACUGGAGAGACCAGCACUGACCUGAAGCUGUUGGGGAAAGGAGACAUCAUCAUCAGCACCCCAGACAAGUGGGAUAUCCUGUCUCGCCGAUGGAAACAGAGGAAGAAUGUCCAGAAUGUUAGCCUCUUUAUUGUGGACGAAGCUCAUUUAAUUGGAGGAGAGAACGGGCCUGUGCUGGAAGUGAUCUGCUCCAGAAUGAGGUACAUCUCCUCUCAGAUCGAAAGGCCCAUCCGCAUUGUGGCACUCAGCUCCUCUCUGUCCAAUGCUAAAGAUGUAGCCCACUGGCUGGGUUGCAACACCACAGCUACCUUCAACUUCCACCCUAAUGUCAGGCCUGUGCCAUUGGAGCUCCACAUCCAGGGUUUCAACGUGAGUCACACACAAACCCGUCUUUUGUCUAUGGCUAAACCUGUCUAUCAUGCUAUUAUGAAGCACUCUCCAUCCAAACCAGCCUUGGUGUUUGUGCCCUCUCGCCGACAAACACGCCUCUCUGCCAUCGACAUCCUUACAUUCUGCGCUGCUGAUGUGGUCCCUCAGAGGUUCCUGCACUGCUCUGAGAAGGACCUGGCUCCAUUCCUGGAGAAACUGUCUGAUGCAACAUUGAAGGAGACCCUUUCUAAUGGUGUAGGCUAUCUGCAUGAGGGCCUCUCAACCACCGAACGCAAGAUUGUUGAGCAGCUCUUCAACUCUGGUGCCAUUCAGGUUGUGGUGGCAUCCCGCUCCCUUUGCUGGGGAACGAACAUCUCUGCCCACUUGGUUAUUGUUAUGGACACACAGUAUUACAACGGCAAGAUUCAUGCUUAUGUGGACUACCCAAUCUACGACGUGCUCCAGAUGGUGGGGAAGGCUAAUCGCCCCCUACAGGAUGAUGAGGGGCGUUGUGUCAUCAUGUGCCAAGGAUCCAAAAAGGACUUCUUUAAGAAAUUCCUUUAUGAGCCUCUGCCGGUUGAAUCUCAUCUGGACCACUGUCUUCAUGACCACUUUAAUGCUGAGAUCGUCACCAAGACGGUGGAGAAUAAGCAGGAUGCUGUGGACUAUCUGACAUGGACCUUCCUUUACCGACGGAUGACUCAGAACCCCAACUACUACAACCUGCAGGGCAUGUCUCACCGGCAUCUGUCAGACCACUUGUCGGAACUAGUGGAGAACACACUGCAGGAUCUGGAGCAGUCCAAGUGCAUCAGCAUAGAGGAUGAGAUGGAUGUGGCUCCUCUCAACCUGGGCAUGAUUGCAGCAUACUACUAUAUUAACUACACCACCAUUGAAUUGUUUAGCAUGUCUCUGAAUGCCAAGACUAAAAUCCGUGGCUUGAUCGAGAUCAUUUCCAAUGCAGCAGAGUACAAAAACAUUCCCAUCAGACACCAUGAAGACACACUGCUCCGUCAGCUGGCCCAGAAAGUGCCUCACAAGCUGAACAGCCCAAAGUUUAAUGACCCCCACGUGAAGACCAACCUGCUGUUGCAGGCCCACCUGUCUCGUAUGCAGCUCAGCGCUGAGCUGCAGUCUGACACUGAAGAAAUCCUUAGCAAGGCUGUGCGUCUCAUUCAAGCAUGUGUGGAUGUGCUCUCUAGCAAUGGCUGGCUGAGUCCUGCGCUGGCUGCUAUGGAGCUGGCUCAGAUGGUGACUCAGGCCAUGUGGUCCAAAGACUCGUAUCUCAAACAACUACCGUACUUCACUUCAGAGCACAUCAAACGCUGCACUGAUAAGGGUGUGGAGAGUAUCUUUGACAUUAUGGAAAUGGAGGAUGAAGACCGUACCACUCUUCUGCAACUGUCGGAUGUUCAGAUGGCUGAUGUGGCACGUUUCUGUAACCGCUACCCCAACAUUGAGCUGUCCUAUGAAGUAGCUGAUAAGGAUGACAUCAAAAGUGGCAGUCCAGUUCUGGUCCAGGUGCAGUUAGAGAGAGAGGAAGAGGUUACAGGACCGGUCAUUGCUCCACUCUUUCCACAGAAACGUGAGGAAGGAUGGUGGGUUGUAAUUGGAGACCCAAAAUCUAACAGUCUCAUCUCCAUUAAGAGGUUGACUCUGCAGCAGAAGGCAAAGGUGAAACUGGACUUUGUGGCCCCUGUUGUUGGAGUCCAUAACUAUACACUGUAUUUCAUGAGUGACGCUUACAUGGGCUGCGACCAGGAGUACAAGUUCAGCGUGGAUGUGAAGGAGGCCGACAGUGACCGAGACACUGACUCAGACUGAGCUGAGACCAGAAUGAUGUUGGUAAUGAUGGAAAAUUCUGGAACUGUGAUGAAUCUGUGAGGAAGUAGGAUUUACUUAGUUUUAUUAUUUUACUGUAUUUCCUGGUAGUAGUUAAUCUUGGUCAAUCGUAUAAGAAUUCAUAAUCAUAAAUUCAAGUCGUUUUGCAAGAUGAACAUUUUAUGUUUAUGUCGAUUGCUUUUUCAUCUUUUUUGUAGUGUUUUGUAGUGCAUGUGUCUUUGUGUUAUUGAAAUGAGAGAGAAAGUGGAUUAAUUUUUGUUACACAUUUUCAAUAAAAGGAUUUACUGCUUUAAAGAUACUUCUGCAGCAGUGCGUACCCUUGACCAGGAGAAGCGUUCGGUGCUAGAGAUAUAGUAAGAGAGCAUUUUAUUUCAUUAUUUUUCGUGCAAAAAUAAUAGGCAGAAUUCCAUUCACAGGAUUUUACGUGGAAAAAUGUUUAAUGCUUUUUGUAAAACUUUACGGCUUUAGCACAAACUUUGUUGAGGAAACCCUUGUGGAGAUGUUUUUGACAGCAAAUACAAUACAGUUACACAUCUAGUGUCACAUCAAGCCAACAAAACCAUUUGGGACAGGACUAUAAACAACAAUGUGGCCUACAGUGAGUGCUGUUUUGUAGGCUCAGUUUUGGACUGUUUUGGAGAACAGUGUUCAUCAAAGAUUUGUAUGAUCAAAUGACUUUGUAAAAUAUGAAUGCAAAUUUCACUGAUUAGUUUAAUUUCAUACUGUAACAGGGAUAUAUGUUUGAUGACAACCCCCACCCAUCUUCCUGUCUGCCCCCAAUAAAAAGUGGCUUUUCCUUAGUCUAUAA